AUGAACAUCCAUUACCUUGAUGCGCUCGUCGUGGGAGCCGGGUUCGGGGGCAUUUAUCAGCUGAAGAAGCUGUUGGAUCAAAAUCUUACCGUCAAAGUGAUUGACAUUGCUGAUGAUGUCGGCGGAACAUGGUAUUGGAAUCGAUACCCCGGGGCUAUGUCAGACACCGAAUCCUUCCUCUACCGUUAUUCUUGGGAUCUCGAAGACCUGAGGGCCUACCCAUGGCAGCGCCACUACGUUCAAGGGUUGGAGGUACUGAUGUAUCUACGGCACGUCGUCGAACGCCACAAUCUGCGACAAUACUUCCAAUUCCAAACGGAACUCACCAAGGCGCAGUGGGAUGAGUCUGAGCGGCGAUGGGUGGUCGAGGUGUCGACCGGUCAGGUCUUUAAGUGCAAAUACUUGGUGACUGCGCUAGGUCUGUUAUCGCGACAAAAUCUCCCGGAUAUCCCAGGCAUUAAGGCCUUCAAGGGAGAAAUCCAUCACACCGCUCGGUGGCCCGAGGGGCUCGACUUAACCGACAAACGAGUGGGCGUGAUUGGGAACGGAUCUACGGGCGUGCAAGUGAUCACUGCUGUUGCGCAGGUUGCUAAACAGCUGAUUAGCUUCCAGAGGACGCCGCAGUACAGUGUUCCCAGUGGAGACCGUGAGGUGCAUCCUGAUUAUCGCAAGGAUGUCAACGACAGAUAUGAGCAGAUCUGGGAAAAGGCCAAGAACAGUAUGUUUGCGUUUGGCUUUGAAGAGAGCAAGCGGCCUAUGUCUAGUGUCACCGAAAAGGAGCGGGAGCGCAUCUUCGAACAGGCCUGGCAGAUGGGCGGCGGUUUUAAGUUCAUGUUCUGGACAUUCUGCGACAUCUCGUACGAUGAAGCCGCUAACCACGCUGCGGCCGACUUCAUUCGGCGUAAGAUCCAUGCUAUUGUCAAGGAUCCCGAGACCGCGCGCAAGCUGACGCCAUACGACUACUACGCUCGCCGGCCCCUCUGCGAUUCGGGCUACUACGAGACCUUCAAUCGAGAUAACGUGGAGCUAGUCUCCCUCAAGGAAACGCCUAUCACCGGGAUCACUCAGACGGGGAUUAAGACCAGCGAUGGUAAGAUCCACGAACUUGAUGUCAUCAUCUUCGCCACUGGGUUUGACGCCGUGGACGGCAACUACACUCGCAUAAUAAUCCGAGGUCGCGACGGUACCAACCUCAAAGACCAUUGGAGCGAAGCCGGGCCAACUUCAUACCUGGGCGUCUCAGUACCGAAUUUCCCCAAUAUGUUUAUGAUCCUGGGUCCCAACGGGCCUUUCACGAAUCUGCCUCCCACGAUCGAGACUCAGGUCGAGUUCAUCUCUGAUCUGAUCCAGACAGCCGAGAAAAUGGUUGCAAGACAGCCUGGAGGAGCUACGUCGGACCGUCACGUCAACGGCAAUAAUCAUGCCGCACCGACACAGACUAAUGGCAACAACAAUUCGAGUCGUCUCGUCCCUAUCGCCAUUGAGGCCACAACUGAAGCUGAGGAUGAAUGGACCGAUUUAUGUGACAAAUUGAGUACGUCCAGUCUCUUCCGCAAGACAGACUCUUGGAUCUUUGGCGCAAACGUGCCGGGUAAGAAGCCUGCCGUCAUGUUCUACUUUGGUGGUCUAGCGAAUUACAGGCAAACGCUUCGAGAUGUCAUGGAUCAUGGUUUGAAAGGCUUCAAGAAUCUUGCCUAG